GGUGGUGUGGAUGCUAUAUAAGCUAGAUGACUGCUACUACCAUCAUCAGCCAGUUCAGCUCAGGCAGCCAUCAAAAUAAGUUCUCGUUACUACCAAGAUACCCUCACCAUGCUCUCAUCCUACGCUCUACUCUCCGUCGCCACUGCAUUGCUGGCUGCCUGCAAUGUGGUCGUCGCGUCCCCACAAGUAUUCGCGUCCACACCGACGCCAACCAUCCCGGGGCACUGCUCGACAACCAUCGACGACUUCGAACACACGACGGCAUCAGUCAGAACUCAUGAGUGCUAUACCUACACUAGAAUAGCGCCGUCCUCUACAUGCCCGAUGAUCAAGUGUGCGCCGAGGCCUACGGAUGUGUUUUGCCCCCAGUACAUUAGGGUCUCGAGCGUCACGGUGCCGUGCUCUACCGACUGCUGCCCCACAACGCCAACGUCGUAUGUGUCGACUGGUCGUUGCCCGACCUGCGCUCCUUGCGUCGUCCCAACACAAUGGAUCACCUACACGACUGGCUGCCCUGGCACGCCCACCAUCUCGACAGAAACUAUCGAGACGCCGCCGUGGAACACUCCGGACGAGGAGUAAGCAUAGCAUGGAUGAGAUACUUUUUUGAGCUCGCUCGGCUAAAAGGGGAGGAAGUAGCUUGGAUGUGU